AUGAAAAUCAUCCUAUUGAUUGUUUAAUUAAUUAUACUGUCGAAAUAGGCUACAAAUGAUGAUUCUGUAUGAUUUCAUAAAUAAUAAUUAGGAUUGUGGAAUUUAUUUAGAAAAUGAAAAUGUAUUCUAAUAUGAUAAAUUAUAUGCAAUGAAUGUAGAUGAUAAAGAUUUUAAUGAUAUGAAGAAUUAUAGUGUUGAUAUAUUAGAGGAGAUUAGUAUAGAUGAUAGGUAAUUGAAUAAUUUAAAUGGGAAUGAAAGGAUAUUUAGUUUUAAUAAGAAUAAUGAUGAUGAUAUUGAUAUAAUGUUAUUAAAGAAUGGUAGUAUAGAAUGUUUAUAUUAAAUUAAGAAUUACAUUUAGAAUGAUCAAAUUAUAAUGAAACCAUAAGAUUGCUAAAUAAUGUUAAAUCAAUAAGAUUGCAAUCAAUUAUAUAAAGUAGAUUAAUUCAUUUAUAUAAUUUAAUGUAAAUACAAUUCAACUAAUACUCUUAUUUAAAUUAUCAAUUCAACAUCAAUAUUAGAUUAAAUCAUACUUCCAAUCCAAUCUAAUUGUUAAUCCGAUUCCAUAUUUAAUAAUAAUCAAACAUUAAUCAUAUUUAAUAAAUUAUGUGAAUCCACCUUAUUCUAUUCCCUCUCCAUUUCAAAUCUAUUAACCUUUUAUAACCUUACUCAAUAUGAUUUAAAAGAUGACAUUUCCAUUUAAGAUUAUACUCCAAAUGGUUUGUUUAGUAUGUAAUUUUGUUCAAAUGACAAAAUCGAAAUCAACUAUGAAAAUCUUUUUAUCACUUAUGAAUUACUUUAGAAAAAAAUUUCAGCACAAAAUCGUUUCAAACGUGACGAGAAAAUUAUUUAAAGGUUCUUGGUUUGUGAAAGUUAUUUCAAUUAUGUCCAACUAAACAAAGACAGCAAUUAAUUUUUGUUAAAGCAAAGGGAGCUAAAUAUUAGUACCUCAUUUUAUAUCUAAUCAUACUAGAUUAAUUAAUUAAUGAUUUUUCACAAAAAAGAUGAAUUAGUGGUACUUGUCAAUAAUAAUAUAAAAUAACACCUAACCAAAUCUUUUUAAAGUAUAUUAGUUUUGACAGAAUUGCCCUUAAUUUUUGCAAUAAAUGAAAAUUAAUUAAUCAUAUAUCACGUGAAAUAUCCUUAAAAAUUUUUUACAGUUUAUAAAGAUUAGCAUCUUCUAAAGAAAAUGCGAGUCAAUACAGGUUUCUUUUUUCACUCACCAAUUUUAUUUUAUAGCAAAAUUGAAGUUUUCUCUUAAUAAAAUCUAAAAUUUUUACUACUAACUUAAAAUGUUAAGCAUUUGAAUACACAAAUAAACAGUAAAAUUUGCAUUCAUCACUCCACAUUAUAAAAAACAAAUGCUUUUGAAAUACUCAUGAGUUAAUAACAAUCAAAUGUUAAUUUAAUUGAAUAAAAUAAUAACAUAGAUUUCUGCAUUGUGCAAGUGGUCUCUAAAGGGAAAUUCUUUGUUUUUGAAUAAAAAUAUCUGAAUACUUAUAUUAUAAUAACGAUACGAGAUCAUAUUUUAUAAACAUAUACUUGUGAUAAGAAUACACUUAAACAUUCUUAUAAAAUAACGAUUUAAAAGGAUUAUAGAGAUAUUUUAUCUUUUCCACAUUUAUUUAAACUGGUUAUCAUUUACGAUUAUAAAAUAGUAUUUAUAGAAUUUACAAACUUAUAAGUUAUUUAAUUUACAAAAAACUAUGAUAAAUAGAUUUUAAAAUACAAUUAAAAUUAUGCAGAAAUAAAUAUCUUAUUCGAAGAUUGUACAAAGGCAGAUGUAAAUAUCGCAAUUAACGAAAUGUAACCUAUUUUUUUAGAUAAGUAUCCAUUUGAUUGUAAUCACAGUCUUUAGUUUACAUUUAAUGAAGUAUUUAUCACUUAAGAUUAAAUACAUAUUUUCCCAACUAAUGGCUUUAAAAGAAAACUGCUUAAUUUGGAGGGUGAAAAAAAUAUCAAGACGAUUGUACUAGGANUCUUAAAAGUUUAUUUUUGUUAGAUCAAAUAGAUUUAAAACAGUAAUCUGAGUGCUUUAACAACGUUUUGAAUGAAAUAACUGUCAUAUAAAAUUAAGUUGCAACCUAAAGAAAGAAAUCUCAAAAUAGCAAAAAUUACACCAACUGCUUAUGUUAAUUUUUAUUCAGUGUUUAAUAAAAAAUUUAUAUGUUCUUAAAUACAUUUUUGCUUAUAAAGAUAACUUUCUGUUAGAGUGUAACCACCUUAUUAGAGGAGAUGAACUACAAUAUUUAUCCGGACGAGAAGAUCUUUGUAAAAAAUGAAUAAUAUGCAAUAAAUAUUAAUGAUGAUAAUUUAGAUAAAAUUGAUAUGAAGAAUUAUAGUGUUGAUAUAUUAGAGGAGAUUAGUAUAGAUGAUAGGUAAUUGAAUAAUUUAAAUGGGAAUGAAAGGAUAUUUAGUUUUAAUAAGAAUAAUGAUGAUGAUAUUGAUAUAAUGUUAUUAAAGAAUGGUAGUAUAGAAUGUUUAUAUUAAAUUAAGAAUUACAUUUAGAAUGAUCAAAUUAUAAUGAAACCAUAAGAUUGCUAAAUAAUGUUAAAUCAAUAAGAUUGCAAUCAAUUAUAUAAAGUAGAUUAAUUCAUUUAUAUAAUUUAAUGUAAAUACAAUUCAACUAAUACUCUUAUUUAAAUUAUCAAUUCAACAUCAAUAUUAGAUUAAAUCAUACUUCCAAUCCAAUCUAAUUGUUAAUCCGAUUCCAUAUUUAAUAAUAAUCAAACAUUAAUCAUAUUUAAUAAAUUAUGUGAAUCCACCUUAUUCUAUUCCCUCUCCAUUUCAAAUCUAUUAACCUUUUAUAACCUUACUCAAUAUGAUUUAAAAGAUGACAUUUCCAUUUAAGAUUAUACUCCAAAUGGUUUGUUUAGUAUGUAAUUUUGUUCAAAUGACAAAAUCGAAAUCAACUAUGAAAAUCUUUUUAUCACUUAUGAAUUACUUUAGAAAAAAAUUUCAGCACAAAAUCGUUUCAAACGUGACGAGAAAAUUAUUUAAAGGUUCUUGGUUUGUGAAAGUUAUUUCAAUUAUGUCCAACUAAACAAAGACAGCAAUUAAUUUUUGUUAAAGCAAAGGGAGCUAAAUAUUAGUACCUCAUUUUAUAUCUAAUCAUACUAGAUUAAUUAAUUAAUGAUUUUUCACAAAAAAGAUGAAUUAGUGGUACUUGUCAAUAAUAAUAUAAAAUAACACCUAACCAAAUCUUUUUAAAGUAUAUUAGUUUUGACAGAAUUGCCCUUAAUUUUUGCAAUAAAUGAAAAUUAAUUAAUCAUAUAUCACGUGAAAUAUCCUUAAAAAUUUUUUACAGUUUAUAAAGAUUAGCAUCUUCUAAAGAAAAUGCGAGUCAAUACAGGUUUCUUUUUUCACUCACCAAUUUUAUUUUAUAGCAAAAUUGAAGUUUUCUCUUAAUAAAAUCUAAAAUUUUUACUACUAACUUAAAAUGUUAAGCAUUUGAAUACACAAAUAAACAGUAAAAUUUGCAUUCAUCACUCCACAUUAUAAAAAACAAAUGCUUUUGAAAUACUCAUGAGUUAAUAACAAUCAAAUGUUAAUUUAAUUGAAUAAAAUAAUAACAUAGAUUUCUGCAUUGUGCAAGUGGUCUCUAAAGGGAAAUUCUUUGUUUUUGAAUAAAAAUAUCUGAAUACUUAUAUUAUAAUAACGAUACGAGAUCAUAUUUUAUAAACAUAUACUUGUGAUAAGAAUACACUUAAACAUUCUUAUAAAAUAACGAUUUAAAAGGAUUAUAGAGAUAUUUUAUCUUUUCCACAUUUAUUUAAACUGGUUAUCAUUUACGAUUAUAAAAUAGUAUUUAUAGAAUUUACAAACUUAUAAGUUAUUUAAUUUACAAAAAACUAUGAUAAAUAGAUUUUAAAAUACAAUUAAAAUUAUGCAGAAAUAAAUAUCUUAUUCGAAGAUUGUACAAAGGCAGAUGUAAAUAUCGCAAUUAACGAAAUGUAACCUAUUUUUUUAGAUAAGUAUCCAUUUGAUUGUAAUCACAGUCUUUAGUUUACAUUUAAUGAAGUAUUUAUCACUUAAGAUUAAAUACAUAUUUUCCCAACUAAUGGCUUUAAAAGAAAACUGCUUAAUUUGGAGGGUGAAAAAAAUAUCAAGACGAUUGUACUAGGACAAUUCUUUAUUAUAGUAACACAGGCAUAAAAUUACUACUAAUUGAAGUUAUUUUCCACAAGCUAAUCUGAUGCAAUUUUCUUAUAUAAUCUUCCUACAUAUGAUUUCCAAAUUAAAGACUUGAUAUCGUAUUCAACUUAUUAAGUUUACCUUACUAUCAGAGCGUAGAAGUAAGAUUUAAACUAUUUAUUAACCUAUGAUGUAAGGAAAACAGCAUUGUUAUCUCUCAUUCGAAUUACAUAGAUUGAUCAAUACGAAACUUUUUUUUAAAUCAUAUCCUCCGAUUCGUUCCUGUAUUAUUUUUAAGGCAAAUUUAAAAUCAAAAGCAUAUCCAUUAGUUGCUUUAAUCAUUUUCCUAACACUAUAAAUGACUCUUUUAUAUUCUAGGAAGAUAUUCAAUUGUAAAUUAUAUCUUAAGUUAAUAAUGAAAUUUUACCCGUUAAAUUUGAACUGAUUACUUUUUCUGAUGAUUACAAUUUAAGAAUACUUAAAUAAGAACACACCAUAAUCUCCAAAAAUACACUCAAUUUAAGCAACAUAUAUGGUAACGUGGAGAAGAUUGAAAUUUUACCAUUAGACGAUUAUUAAGUAAUAUAUCCAAUAACAUUUACUGAUGUGGAUAAAAAUUUUAUCUUUUACGAGAAAGGAAUAUGCUAUGAUUUGCAAAAGAGCCUUAUCCUUAAUUGUUUUGAAGACCAUCAAUACCAUAUAAAAGAAAAUACUAUAGUUAGAAUCCUCAAUGUUGUUUAAUCUAAAAAUAAAUUAUUUUAUCAAAUUUUUUAUAAAUCAAUUGAAGGAUAUAUAAAUUUUAUGACAAUUACUAUCAAAUUAGAUCAAGUUUAUUAAGAAAUCAAAAAAGCAGCAAUCCCAGAUAUUUAUUACAAAAAUUUAUACAGUAUAAAUUUAUUAUUAUUAAGAUUUUAAUAUUAAAAAAAUUUAAACAACAUAAAAUCUAUCAAUUUUUGAGUUCUUAUAUUAAUAUCACUUGUUUACAUACAACAACAUUUAUGCCGAAUAAUUAAUAGAAGCUUUUAAAUCUGAGGCAUUUUUGGAGGUAGCUUAUUUAAUUGAUUCAACUUUUCUUUUUCUCUCCAAAUAAACAGAAUAAAAUAUAACGAUGAAGUUUAUUGUAAUUACUUAAGAGGAUGAAACGGAAAUUAAUUAUGAUAUUAGAUUAUAAUAUCAUGUAAUGUUAAAUGAGAUAAUUCCAGAAAGUUUAAAAUCUAUACUAUUUUAAUAUUUAAAGUGUUUAUAAAUAUUUGAAGUUCAUGUUGAAUAGAACAUAAUUCAUUUUCAAAUCGGUGUGUUUUUUAAUUACUAUUUCUCUCUUUUGAUUUCAUAUUAAAUGGAUAUCAAUUUUUAAUCAAUGCCUAAAGUAGAAAAUACUGCAAUAUUGAGAUAUUAAAAGGAUUUUUCACUAGAGAGGCCGCUCUAUGUCGAUAAUAAUUUUACCCUGUUGAAUUUGGAAUUUAAUAAAGUUCAGUUUGUUUACGUUUAUGAUACUCGUAGAAAACAUAUCUAAAGCAAUAUCGAUAGCAUUUAGAAAUUUGAAAAUCACUAUUUUACUGAAAUGGAGAGGAUCAAUUCAUCUUAAUAUGUACUUAAAUCUGCAGAAGGAAUGUUUUUAAUUACUCUAGAUGAACUGAAAUUUACUUGUUAAAAUGAGUGCAAACCUAUUCAAUCUAUUCAACUUAGUAAUGAAGUAUCAACAAUCUCAAUAGAAAUUUCAAAUUUAUAGAAUAAUUAAAUAUCUAGUAGAAAAGUAAGGAAAUUAGAAGUUUGCAUAAUUAUAACUACAUAUAUACUUAUUUUACUCAUUCUAAAGUUAUAAAGGAGAAAGAAAGUGUAAGCUAGAUUGUCUUAGCGUUGA